UUGACCAAAUAUCCAUAUAAAUCUCUCUAUCUAUAUCUAUCUAUCUAUCUAUCUAUCUAUCUAUCUAUCUAUCUCCCUCCCUCCCUUCAUAUCCGCUUUCUGAUCAUAUCUCUCUACCUAUAUAUCACAAUGUGCUCGUAUCUAUCUAUCUAUCUAUCUAUCUAUCUAUCUAUCUAUCUAUCUAUCUAUCUCAGUCUGAUCAUAUCUCUCUACCUAUAUAUCACAAUGUGCUCGUAUCUAUCUAUCUAUCUAUCUAUCUAUCUAUCAGUAUCUAUCUAUCUAUAUCUCAGUCUGAUGUCUAUGUCUAUCUAUCUAUAUAUGUCUCUAUCUAUAUAUCACAAUGUGCUCGUAUCUAUCUAUCUAUCUAUCUAUCUCGCUCUUUUCAUAUCUUUCUAUUUAUCUAUCUCGCUCUGUUCAUAUCUAUCUAUCUAUCUAUCUAUCUAUCUAUCUCAGUCUGAUCAUAACUCUCUAUCUAUCUAUAUAUCACAAUCUGCUCGUAUCUAUCUAUCUAUCUAUCUAUCUAUCUAUCUAAUAAUAAUAAUAAUAAAAUAUUAUCAUGGAUUUUGUUUCUAUAUCUAUCUAUCUAUCUAUCUAUCUAUCUAUCUAUCUAUCUAUCAAAAUUUCUUUCUUUUCAGAUCUAUCUAUCUAUCUAUCUAUCUAUCUAUCUAUCUAUCUAUCAUAAUUUCUUUCUUUUCAGAUCCAUCUAUCUAUCUACUAAAAUUUCUUUCUUUUCAGAUCUAUCUCUUUCUCUCCCCCCUCUCUCUCUCUAUCUAUCUAUCUACCAAAAUUUUCUUUCUUUUCAGUUCUAUCUAUCUAUCUAUCUAUCUAUCUAUCUAUCUAUCUAUCUAUCUAUCUAUCUAUCUAUGUCCAUUUCUCCCAUUCUAUCUCGGUGAAUUUCUAUCUAUCUAUCUAUCUAUCUAUCUAUCUAUCUAUCUAUCUAUCUAUCUCAGUCAAUUCCUAUCUAUCUGUCUAUCUAUCUAUAAUUUAUCAGCAAUACAUUUAAGGAUUAAGUAUGAGCAAUGGGACAACUUCAAUAGAAAUCGUGAAAACUAUGUAUGGAAGGAAAUCCUGUUUUAUCUAUCUAUCUAUCUAUCUAUCUAUCUUAUGUCUGUUCAUAUCUAUCUAUCUAUGCUAUUCUAUGUUUGUUCAUAUCUAUCUAUCUAUCUAUCUAUCUAUCUAUCUAUCUUAUGUCUGUUCAUAUCUAUCUAUCUAUCUAUCCUAUGUCUGUUCAUAUCUAUCUAUCUAUCUAUCUAUGCUAUUCUAUGUCUGUUCAUAUCUAUCUAUCUCUCUCUUCGAAAAUAUGUCUAUCUAUCAUAUCCAUUCAUCUAUCUAUCUAUCCAUCUAUAUCUAUCAUCCAUCUAUCUAUCUAUCUAUCUAUGUCUGUUCUUCUAUCCAUCUAUCUAUCUAUCUAUUCUAUGUCUGUUCAUAUCUCUAUCUAUCUAUCUAUGUUUGUCCAUCUAUCUAUCUUAUGUCUGUUCAUCAUUCUAUCUAUCUAUCUAUCCUAUGUCUGUUCAUAUCUAUCUAUUAUCUAUCUAUCUAUCUAUCUAUCUAUCUAUCUAUCUAUCUAUCUAUCUUAUGUCUGUUCAUAUCUAUCUAUCUAUCUAUCUAUCCUAUGUCUGUUCAUAUUCUAUCUAUCUAUCUAUCUAUGCUAUUCUAUGUCUGUUCAUAUCUAUCUAUCUCUCUCUCGAUCUAUGUCUGUUCAUAUCUAUCUAUCUAUCUAUCUAUCUAUCUAUCUAUCUAUCCUAUGUCUGUUCAUAUCUAUCUAUCUAUCUAUCUAUGCUAUUCUAUGUCUGUUCAUAUCUAUCUAUCUCUCUCUCGAUCUAUGUCUGUUCAUAUCUAUCUAUCUAUCUAUCUAUCUAUCUAUCUAUCUAUCUAUCUAUCUAUCUAUCCUAUGUCUGUUCAUAUCUAUCUAUCUAUCUAUCUAUGCUAUUCUAUGUCUGUUCAUAUCAUCUAAAAUCUCUCGAUCUAUGUCUGUUCAUAUCUAUCUAUCUAUCUAUCUAUCUAUGUCUUAUUGACCAGCCUUGGCGCCGCCUUUCCUAUCUAUCUAUCUAUCUAUCUAUCUCAGUCUCUUCGUUUCUAUCUAUCUAUCUAUCUAUCUAUCUAUCUAUCUAUCUAUCUAUCUAUCUAUCUAUCAACCUCAAUCUCUUCGUUUCUAUCUAUCUAUCUAUCUAUCUAUCAACCUCAAUCUCUUCGUUUCUAUCUAUCUAUCUAUCUAUCUAUCUAUCUAUCUAUCUAUCUAUCAACCUCAAUCUCUUCGUUUCUAUCUAUCUAUCUAUCUAUCUAUCAACCUCAAUCUCUUCGUUUCUAUCUAUCUAUCUAUCUAUCUAUCAACCUCAAUCUCUUCGUUUCUAUCUAUCUAUCUAUCUAUCUAUCAACCUCAGUCUCUUCGUUUAUAUCUAUCUAUCUAUCUAUCAACCUCAGUCUCUUCGUUUAUAUCUAUCUAUCUAUCUAUCUAUCAACCCCAGUCUCUUUGUUUAUGUCUAUCUAUCUAUCUAUCAACCUCAAUCUCUUCGUUUCUAUCUAUCUAUCUAUCUAUCUAUCAACCUCAAUCUCUUCGUUUCUAUCUAUCUAUCUAUCUAUCUAUCAACCUCAAUCUCUUCGUUUCUAUCUAUCUAUCUAUCUAUCUAUCUAUCAACCCCAGUCUCUUUGUUUAUGUCUAUCUAUCUAUCUAUCUAUCUAUCUAUCUAUCUAUCUAAAUUUUCCGUUUUUUACUCUUAUUAA